AUGAAGGAAUUGAAAAGUAUUUACAUUAACAAAAAAAUGCGAAAUGAAUUGAUUCAUUUCAAAGAAAACCAAAACCCCGAACCAUGCCAUGGAAAUGACAACGUCAGCACAAUAGUUAACAAAAUAAAAUUAAACAAAGAAAAUAAAAGAAAAAUGAACGUACACAAACCACUGCCAACCGUCAUCUAUCGCAUGUCAAGUUCUCGGAUAUCUAAAUACAAUAUGCAGGCUAGCAAACAUUUCAGUGCACCCCAAUUCCAUAAAAGAAGAAGAUCCGCUCUAAUAACCAAUAGUUAUGUAGCAAUUCCAAAAAGAAAAAAAUCCUUUAGUUCGAAAAACAUAGUAAAUUUGGUUUUAAAAAUAAUUUUAAGAGAAUUACUCUUGGCUAAAAAACCUUUGCCCGAAGGAAAAACACCGUCGGAAAAAGCCUUAAUUCAGGUAGUCAGAGCUGAGCUUGGAUUACCACCUGAACCUAAAACUGCUUCAGAAACGGCAAAUAUGAGAAAAGCCGAAUUGGCAGGAAUUAUAACACCUUUAGAAGGGAAAACUCCUGAAGAAAAAGAAAAAGUUUUUAAAUCCUUAACAGCGGCGGGCAUACCUCUUCCGGAUGGUAGGACCCUAUCUGAAAAGAAAUUAGUAGAAAAAGUAAAGGCUGACGCAGCAAUGCCCGUAGGUAUGACAUCUGAAAAAAAUAAAAAAACCAGAGCUAAAGAUCUUGUCACUCCUCUUGCAGGAAAAAGCCUAGAACUAAAAGAAACAAAUUCUGAUAGAAUAUAUAUUGAUAAUGUUCGUGCUCAGUUUGGUUUACCACCUAAGCCAACAACUCCUGAAUUGAAAGGCAGUUAUGCUACGCUAGGACUUUUGGAGCCGUUAGUAGAAAAAAUGUUACAAGGUUUACAUAGCUUAGGCAUACUAAUACCAGAGGUACGCACCGCACCCGAAAAAUCUUUUAUCUGUAAAAUAGCAAAAAGUGCUCAAAAAGUCUCACUAACGGAUAAACAGCGCAUGGAACUAUCGUCGAGGCCGGGAACGCCUCUCGAAGAAAAAGCACUUACACAAAAAGAAAAGAUAAUAAAAAGACUGGCUUUGCAAGGCACUUCUCUACCAGAAGGCAAAACCUCAUUUGAAAAAAAACUUAUUGAUAUGAUACUCGUUGAACUUGGCGUACAUUCUGAACUAAAAGCACAAGCAAUUAGAGACAAGUAUGACAAAGCACCUCAUGCCGGAUCUUUUCAGCCAUUAGAAGCCAACACUUCUAAAGAAAAAAAAAACAAAAGGCUAACAGAUAAGGGGAUUUCUAUUCCUAAAAUUGAAGGAAAACCAGCACCAUCUAUUACAACCGUCAAAAUAAAAAAAGCUAAGGCUGCUGGAUUUCUAACACAUCUUACGGGAAAUUCUCUAGAGCAGAAAGAAAACAUACUAAAAGGAUUACCUAAAACUGGCUUGCCACUUCCUCAAGGGAGGACUCCAUCAGAAAAAGUAUUAAUAACAAAAAUAAGGAAUGGAUUGAAAAGACCCGACAGUGGUCCUGAAAAACAGUAUUGUGUUAAAGCCGCUGAUCUCUUGAUGCCUCUACAGGUUAAAACAAGAGUACAAAAAGAUAAAAAUCUUAGAGGUAGAUCGGCUGCUGGAAAACCUUUACUGAUUGGCAAAUCACCAUCAGACACAGCUCUAAUACAAAAGAUUAAAGAUGACACUGGUUAUAUGACACCAUCUCCAUCAGACAUGUAUUUACGCAUGGCAGAAGCUGCUGACUUAAUAACUCCGGUUAAACAGAAAAGUCGUUCUAUGAAAGAAGAAAUAUCUAAAGACAUGUUGACUCAAAUUCCAAAAGGUAAUACACCGUCCGAGAAAGAUAUAAUAAAAAUUCUGAGAGCUGAAUAUCCGAAAACAACACAGAAACAGAAACGUGCUAGAGCUGCAAGUAUUUGGACAACUUUGCAAGGCAAAACUCCAGAACAAAAAAGAAAAAUACUCAAAACCUUAAUUAAAUCAAGGCUCCCAUUACCAGAACCCACAACUGAAUCGGAAAAAGACUUAAUAGACCAAAUUAGAAAGGGAACUGGACUUCACACUGAACCUAAAACUAUUUCUACGAAAAAAUAUAAGAAAGCUCAAGCUGCUGACAUAUUACAACGACUAUAUCAUGAUGCUGGAAUACCCUUACCUAAAGGGCAAAAACCUUCGGAGGAGUCAAUGAUCGGAAAAAUUCAAGCUGAACCAGCACAGAAAACGAUAUCAGAGCGAUCAAAAACAGAGAAAGAAUCUGCACUGUCUUCACCACACGAGAGAAAGAUACUGGCUCAAAAGGAAAAGAUGAGAAUUGCUAAAGAUGAGGGUGAUACAAACGGCCCAAAGAAAACGAAUUCAGAAAAAAUUAAAAGUGCUAAAGCCGAAGGCCUUUUAUCACCGUUGGCUAGAAAAAUACUAGAUGAGAAGGAAAAAGUAAUUACAGAAUUGGUAAAGCAUGACUUAUACAUUCCCGAAGUAAAAACAGCUUCAGAUAAAAAAAUUGCAUCAAAAGUAAGUAAGAUCCGUAAGGAACUUUCUUUAAGUCCAGAGCCACAAAAUCUAUUGAUGAAAAAGAGUCAUAAAAAUGCCACGACAUGUUUGUCUCCUCCUGUAAAAGGGGAUGUGCUAAAAUCACAAGCAUGUAUGGGUAUAUCUUUGUCAGAGGGAAAAACGCCAUCAGAGAAAGCAUUAAUUGCAAAAGUAAAAGCUAAAACACAACGUCCAAAGGUCACAAAUUCAGAAAAAAUUAAAGGUGCUAAAACAGCAGAUCUAUUAUCACCGUUCGCUGGAAAAAUAGCAGAGAAAAAGAAAAAUUGUAAUAGAGGAUUGGCAGAGCAUGACUUACCGCUUCCCGAAACAAAAACACCUUCGGGAAAAAAAUCGUCAUCAAAAAUACGUAAGGAACUUGGCUUACCACCAGGACCAAAAUCUUCACCGAUGAAGGAGAGGCUGCCAAAAGCCGCUGCCAAUGGAAUAAGUAGUCCUUUAGAAAGUUUGUCACUGGCUGAGAAAAAACGCAUUGUAACAGCCCGGACAGAUUAUGGUAUGAUUUUAGAUGAAAGAAGAAUUGUUUCGGAAAAAUUAUCGGCAAAAAUAUCACCCGAGAAAUUAAAGAAAGCAAAAGCUGCGGGUCUACUUACGCCACUAGAAGGUAAAACGCUGGCGCACAAGGAAAGGAUACUCAGAGGUCUUGCUGAAGCUCGUCUACCUUUGCCGGAUGGUAAAACAUAUUUUGAAAAAUCUCUUAUUAACAAAGUGCGAACUGAGCUCGGACUGCCUCCACUUGCAAAGACGCCAUCAGAAGUAGCUUUAAUACUUAAGGCAAAAGCAGACGGAUUAUUCACACCGCUUACUGGAAAAACGUCUGCUCAGAAGGAGAAAAUACUUCAAGGACUCGCUGCAGCAGGAAUGCCAUUACCUCUAGGUAAAACACCAUCCGAAAAAAAAGUUCUUAAGAAAAUAAGGGUAGUAGCUGGAUUGCCACCUUUUCCAACUCCAUCAGAAAGAUUAGGAAUGAUAAGAAAGAAAGAUAAAAGACUUGUCGUUACAUCAGGAAAACUUGGCAAAGACAAUGGAAUUUCAGAUGAAGAAUUCAAAGAAACUGUUCAUAUUAAAACUACUUGUGACCGAGGUUGUGGCUGCGAUAAAAAGAAAAUCAGAUUUAAAGAUAGUUUUGUUAGAAUCCGAGGUUCGACCCCGAAUAAUUCUUACACAUGCCCUUGUCCUGAGAAACGUAUUCCAGGAGUUAAAAGAAGAUCGUACGUCGACAAUGUAGGCGCUAGGGUUACGCUGGAGUCUGCUGAUAUCCACAGUAAACAUUCAAAGAUUGAAAAAUACAAUGAAAGUAAAAUGAAGCCAGUUCAAAUUAAAAAAGAAGAAAAAAUGCGAAGUAAUAAAUACAAAAUGCAAAACCACAAAACGUAUGACAUCAAUGAUGAUAUUGGUUGUACGUUAAACACCACAAGUUCUGACGAAAGCCUUAAUAUAGUAUCAGCAAUCGGUACACCUUACAUUGAUUCGGAAAAUGAUUUACACUACUAUUCACCACCUUAUGAGAGAUGGGCCUGUGAAUCCAAAAGAUUCGUUGACCCGACAUGUAUUUUUUGUGACCCUUUGAGUAAACUUUGUAACGAGCCCGUUUCAAAGAAUUAUAUGGUAGCGGAUAAUCCCUACCACGGCAGUCCUUAUUCAAUUUUUGUUGUAAAAAGUGAAAGAUCAGUAAGCUUAACUAAGAGCUCUUCCGAGAGUAUGGAUACGAUUAGUGUGAUGUCGUAUGCAAGCAGUAGUGUCUCGUCUAAUUCUGAGCAUUAUUUCGAUUACCAGCUGUCCAACGAACUUUUUAGCAAUAGCUCCUUUGAAACCUCCAACUGCUCUGCAAACAGCCUUUCCUACGAUGUCGAUGGGACACUAAGAAGGUAA